AUGGGCCGAAAUUCCGGCGUCCUGUCUCGUAGGCUACGUACUGACAUGUAUCACACUAUAGUAUAGUUUUUCCCCC